AAUACUUUUUUAUGUUGAUGAUUUUAAAUGCAGGACUUUUACUUUUAACCAAGUAUUUUUACACGGUGGUAUUAGGUACUUAAUUAUGAUGGGAAACAGUUCUUUGGAUAUAUUAGUGGGUUUAUUUUUACUAUAAUAAAACGAGGCUUAACUUUAAAAUGUAUCCAAAAUAAUAAUUAAGUUGUUAAUAUAGUGUUUGGACUGUUUGGAAAACACAAAACAAAUUGAAGAACUGAACGAGCAACUACAAAAACGUUUGACUUGAGAAGCAGGUUGUUUCAGGAUGAGGAGAGCAUCAGAGUCUGCAGGAUGGAGACGCAGAUUCAUCCUGCCGCCGUGUGGUGGAGGUGUAGUCCUGCACGAGGCCGUGAAGGUAUGUAGUUCAGCCUCUCCUGAAUUGUUUCAUAGUGUUAGUAGAUUUGGCUAAAAACUACAAUCUGACAUCUGUUAAAUCAUUUUCAUAAAAAAAACUGGCCCUUGAAUGACAAAAUGACUUAUCCAGAUUAUUUGUCUCCCACCGGCCAGUUAAUACAACAAUCAUCACUAAAGAGCAUAUUUUCCGCAUUUUCAGCAAAAAAAGUGAUGUGUAAGUGAAAUAAAACGGAUAACUUUUGUUUUUUCCUCCUCUGUGCGCUCUGGGGCUUGGCAGUAACCAGAUUGAACGGUAACAUUUACGUGACUUGAGUUAACACCCGUGCGUAAAGUUUACUAAGCAAACGUCCUCGUGUCUUGCGCAACAGAACUUAACCACGGCAACGCACGGGUUAAAUCUUCUCGCCAGAAAGUUUGACUUUGCGUAAGAAACUGGGCUGAAUUCGAUAAAUCAGCAGGAAAGAAGGCUCCAGCCCUCCUCUUCUCUCCUCCUGUCCUGAGAAGUGAUAUGUUGUUGUGCGCAGGAGCUGGAACUGAGAGCGCACUCAUCCACUUUCCACAAAACAACAUCUGUGCGCGCAAUUCAUGUCAAAGUCUGAUCUGUCAUUGAUUCACAGGAGGGAUUUCUUUUUGCUAGUCUUAUUGCCAUGGCAAAAUGGUCACUCUUAUUUUUAUACUUUUUCCAUGGACAAAUUCCACUCAUCUUUGGGCAGCAGCGCGCAGCUGGCCCCUGGCGGCACCGGAUUCAGUGGGAGAACAACGGGCAGGUUUAUAGUUUAAUGAGCACUGGAUCCGAGUACCAGUCCCCGGUGCGCUCCAGGAGCCAGUCGAGGGUUUAUGUGAGGGGCACCAGGAGCCAAAUGUCGGGGGCGCGCAGAGGAUCGACGCAAGUAAGACCUGCUGAGUCAAGACAGUUCAGGAAUGAUCAUAGUCUCGAUCCAGGAUCAGCAGCGCCAGGACGUGAUGUUAGGCAGUAUGCGCAUUUUAGUAGUCGUGCGUCAGGGGCCAGACAGCAGUCUGGAGCUGCAGGUUACUCAGGCGCGCGACGCUUUAACACUGAGCACACCGUGAACGCAUCUGCACCGGGGAGGUUUGCAGACUCCGCAGGCAGGAGAGGAGGCGUCAGUGUGGAUGCUGCUGCGCUGCACACCAGAGGAGGAGAACCAGGGCCCGGUGCGCAACACCAGCAGUUACGCACGGUGCCAGAGGGGAUGUCUGUCUCCAGGCAACCCGUGCAGACGGAUCACUCCAUCUCGGCAUAUCCCACAACGCCAGAAAGGGACUCUGAAGCAGCAGCUGGUACAUCCACUGCGCUCAACGAGGAUGGUUCAAACGAGGCGAACGGUCACGGCGAGGACAUGGUUAACGACGACCCUCGAAACCCGUUAAAAAACCACAGGAAUUCUGUUUUCUACAACCCGUAUCCUACAAGAGGGAGGCCAGGGGCCCGCACGCGCCGUCCGCCUGGCACAGGAUAUGGAACAAGAUACUUCCAAAAUGGACUGCCAGACCUCGUGCCAGACCCGUAUGCCAUCCAAGCAGGUGCUUACAUCCAGCGCAUGCAGAUGUUUGCGCUCCGCUGUGCAGCCGAAGAGAACUGUCUGGCCAGGUCGGCUUACGCGCCGUCCGUGAGAGACAUCGACUUCAGAGUCCUCCUGCGCUUCCCCCAGAAAGUGAAGAACCAAGGGACCACCGACUUCCUUCCCGUCAAGCCGAGAUAUCAGUGGGACUGGCACAGCUGUCACCAACACUACCACAGCAUGGACGCCUUCAGCAACUACGACCUGCUGGACGUCGUCUCUGGACGUAAAGUGGCCGAGGGACACAAGGCCAGUUUUUGCUUGGAGGACACGGGCUGUGAUCCUGGAUUCAGGCGGCGCUACGCCUGUACAUCUCAUACACAGGGCCUGAGUCCAGGAUGCCAUGACGUUUACGCUGCCAACAUCGACUGUCAGUGGAUCGACAUCACUGACGUUCCUCCCGGGAACUAUAUCCUGAAGGUUACUGUCAACCCCAAUUUCCACGUCAUGGAGUCGGACUUCAACAACAACAUAGUGCGAUGUGACAUCACAUACACAGGAAUUUAUGUUCAGACACGCAACUGUCGAGUAUCGAGGGUUUGAACUGUACUAUCUGCAGGAGUUUUGCAGCAAACAUCUCUCCCAGUACUGUGCAGCAAAAUCGACUCUAUGACCAACAAAAAGUGCAAUUUGUGCAUGUGUUUAAUUGUAACUGCUAUAGUCUUGUGUUGCAUUUACUGGAAAUGAAUGUUUACACAUAUUUUGUACAUUAAACAAGUGAGAUUCUAAGAUUUACUUGAUUAUUACAAAUGUGCCUUAAUUCAUGACAAAAAGAUUUCUUUUUCCUUAACAAAUACCAGUACUGUGGCGGUUUAUUUCUUGAAUGCUGGUUUAUUGCUUGAACUGUGUGUUUUGUUGCCGCACGUCUUGUUUUAUUGCUUUGUGUUAUUGCUAUGUGCACAUUAGUUUCUGCAGUUUUAUUUUAAAGGAUAAGACGUUAUGUAUUUGUUACUGUCAAAACAUCUCUUCAGACUUUAAAGGUCUAGUUUGUAGGAUUUAGCAGAGACUUUUUCUGUGUUUAGGAAAAUGUGAAUGUUUCUGUUUAAAGCCAGCGUUUGGUUUGUGUGUUUUGGGCUUUUAUAGAAACAACAUGGUGGACUCCAUAGAAGUGACCCACUCCUUAAGAUAUAAAUAGCUCAUUCUAAGGUACCGAAAACACAUCGAUUCUUAUUUUCAUAUGAUUAUAACUAACAGUACUUUUGAAUAUUAUUACAAUUUCUGCCAAUAGUUGCCCCUAAAUCCUUCACACUUGACAUUUAAAGACAAGUCAUAAAUAUAUAGUUUCAUGAUUUAAAGAAAAAAAAUCACUGGAAAAAAUCAGAACGUGAUUUGUCUCCCCAAAUAAAAACUGAGAACUUCUGUUUCAACUUCUAACGUUUACUCCAUAAAGUGAUGCAAAAAAGGCACAAAUAUCUUUACUAUAAAGCAGGAAAUGUUAAAUGCUCGAAUUUUAGGUGGCGGACCCCUCCAGUGUUGAAACAAACCUACGCCCCUGCAGAUGGACACUGUAGUUCUCUGCAAAUGCAAUUCAAACAGGAGAAAAUAUUGCAUUUAUUAGGGACUAUUUUCAGCCGUAGAUUUGGAUGUUAAAGUGAGUAUUUCUGCUAGCAGGAAGGCGUUUGUGUAACGAUCAAUUCAGUGCUGGUUUUGCUGUUUUAAUAGGAUUUGUUGAGUCAUAAGAAAAUACAGAAUAUCUCUUAUUCUUUAACAUCUUGGU